GUUGGGUUUAUGAGGCUUCGGGGGGCGAGGUGUGUGCCCAAGGAUGGAGAGGAUGGUGUUUCGCCGGGGGAUGUGAGGCGGCCGGCGUUGUUGGAUGAGAAGUUCUCUGGGGUUUUGGAUGGAGUGGUUUCGGAGGUGGGGGAUUUGGACGUCAAGUCCGUGGAAGAGUCUCAGCCUGUGUGGCGGCUUGGGGAGGUCGCUCAGUCGAAGAAUGGCGGGACGUGGACUAUCUCGAAUGUUGCGGCGCCUGAGGCUGGUCCUGGUGCUGGAGAGCAGAUGGAGGCGAUUGCGCGGAAGAUACAGCUUAUUCUGGAGUCUACGGGUACGCAGACACCGGCUGAUAUUGUCUUUGCUACGGUUUUGAUUCGCUCGAUGGUUGAUUUCCCAUUGAUGAACGAUAUUUACAUUUCGCUUUUUAAGAAGCCGAACCCGCCUGCCAGAGCUACAGUGGCUUGUGGGGAUGGUCUCCCCGAGGGCGUGAAGAUAAUGGUCUCGUUGGUCGUUGAUUUGGGUCCCAGGGACCUGCGGCAGGGCCUUCAUGUUCAGUCCCGGUCAUACUGGGCCCCGGCUAAUAUUGGACCAUAUUCACAGGCUAUGUCUAUUCCGGUGCAAUUAGAGCGGCUGGUGUACAUUGCCGGUCAGAUACCUUUGGAACCGGCGUCGAUGGAUAUGGUCGUUGGCCCAGAGUCAUGGCUUGAGAGUUACUCUUUGCGAGCGGUGCUGUCUUUACAGCAUAUGUGGAGAAUUGGGGCAGCGAUGCAGGUUGACUGGUGGCUGGGGGCAGUUGCGUAUCUAACGGGAACAGACCAUAUUGGUACCAAAGCACAAAUAGCAUGGCGUCUGUGGGAGACGAUGCAUGCCCAGCAAAUCGAUUCAGACGAGUAUGACGAAGAGCCGGCGUUGGAUGCUUGGGACAUUAAGUAUGGAGGACGAGCUUAUGACCAGCCCACGCUAGAGGCAGCUGCUUUGCCUAACAUGUCUGUGGUGCAGUCGGACGUACUCGUUCCUCCAUUCUUUGCUGUCCAGAUUGCUGAGCUACCCCGGGGUAGCGAUAUCGAAUGGCAAGGUUUGGGUUACCGGUGCAAUGGUUUAAAAAUGGCCGCGGAAGAUUUGGAUGUUGGUCGCAAGAUCGACACCAUCACGGAUGGGGAUCUGCGAUAUACAGGAAUUGAGAUUGACAAAGAAUCCGGUACUGAACUGGAGUCGUGCCUGCAGCGCAUUCUUGGAAAAUACUCCACAGCGGGGGUUUCCCAUGCAGCUCUCUACACAACACAGCCGCUGUCUGAAAAGACUUGGUUGGGUCAGGUCGUGCCUUGCACAUCAGUAUGGGGCCAGAAAGGGCGGCAAUUGGUGGCAGGGAUUAUCCUACAGAACGCAUAACCCCACGGACGCGUGGAUCGAGUAGACAGAAUUACUACCGCUGCAUAUUGCGUGACAUAAGAACAAGGCUGAUGCCCACGUUCAACCAGAAGGCC